UAGUUUAGUCAUUGUGCCAUUUCGAACUGCAGCUAUGGGGUUUUUGGAGAUUUUCGGUGGUGCUUUCCUGCUCUACUAUUUCUUUUAUGUGCUUCUCUGGAUUUUCUUAGACUGCAAUUUUGCCUUAUGGUUCAAGAGUUGUUUCGGUGUUUCCAUUUCUACAUUGCGCGGUCAGGUGGUAUGGAUAACUGGAGCUUCCAGUGGCAUUGGCAGGGCUUUAGCGUUGAAUUUAGCUAAGCAUGGAGUGAAACUGGUGCUAUCGGCACGACGUUUAAACUUGCUGGAAGAAGUAAAGGAGGAUUGUCUGUUCGAUUCAUGUGGCCUGUUGUCCACAAAAGAUGUGUUGAUAUUGCCAAUGGAUAUACUAAAGUUGGAAGAACAUGAGAAACAUUUUAAAAAGGUUCUGGAUCAUUUCGGGCGAUUGGAUAUUUUGGUGAAUAAUGCGGGUCGAUCGCAACGCGCAAAUUGGGAAGAAAUCCAUACGCAAGUAGAUCGCGAUUUAUUCGAAUUGGAUGUAUUUUCUGUGUUGCAUUUGUCCCGCGUUGUAGUUCGCUAUUUUUUGGAACAAAAUGGUGGUCACGGUCACGUUGCUAUUACCUCCAGUGUGGCCGGCUUGGCUUAUGUUCCAUCCUCAGCCACCUAUUGUGCCGCUAAACAUGCGGUGAAUGCUUACUUCGGGUGUUUGGUCGUUGAACAACCUUCUAUCAAUGUUACAGUUUUCAAUCCUGGACCGGUAGCUACGGAAUUUCUACUAGAAGCUUUUACAAACAAGCCUGAUGAAAAAGUGGGCAAAUCAAUACAAAAUCGUCAUCGUUUAACAGCGGAGAGGUGCGGCUUUUUGUUUGCAGUUGCUUUAGCCAACAAAAUAGAGCUUUCCUGGUGUGGUCGCUUCCCCGUUAAUAUGUUAGUCUACAUAUCUAGGCACAGCCUAUUAUUGAAUGCCGUAAGAUAUUUACUGACUAAAAAGACUUUACAAAAAAUCAGAGAAGGGAACACCUUGCAAAAGCAAAAUGAGUGAUACGAGUCGCUGCAGCCAUAUGUGCAUUUUCUCAUAAAUUUUAUUAAAAUACUCUGUUAACUA